AUGUUGAUAGAUAGAUAUAAAAAAUACGAUUCACUAAAGGAAAUAGCGGAAAUAUUUGGAACAACCAAGGAUGAAAUUGAACGAAAAUUAAAAAACAUAAAUACACAGUACCAAAGAGAAAGAAGAAAUUAUAAGAAGUGCCAAAAGUCGGGUGCUGGAAAUGAAUUUAAAGCUAAAUGGUUUGGAUAUACAGCAAUGGCAUUCUUGCAAGACAGAAAUAAGCCAAAAAAGGGCCACCAAGCGGGGAUUGAAUAUGACGUACUGCAACUUGCAGUUUUUGCUACCAUAAUACCAAUUAACUGA